AUUAAAAAACCCUUUGACAUUGCCCAAAAAGUCAACCCCAAAUCCAGUCCGGUUUUCAAUGUCGGAAGCUGAGUUAUAUAAAUCAGAUAGAACAAAUGAAAAAAAGAUAAGGCUUUGACAAUUGAGACGCCCAAUUUAUCAACCAAAAAUACCUCCUUUUUUUUUUUUUUUUUUAUCUUCUUCUUGUUUAUAUAUAUAAUAAUCGCAAAAGCCCACUCAAAUACAAACUGCCUCCUUUUCUCUCGUUGCAACCAUUAAAAAGUCAGCGCCUUAUUUUGUCUUUUACAUUCUGUUCUAGCGUUUCCUUCGCAGAGGAGGAGGCAGCCGAAGAUACAGGGGUGUGUUCAUGGAUGUGGAUUGGGAUUUGCAUGCGGUGGUGAGGGGCUGCGCCACCGUUACAACAACCACCAGCAGCAGCGGCGGCGGCUGCGGUGGUGUUGCUGCAAACAGUUCUUUAAUGGCGGAUUUAUACCCUCAAUCCCGUUUUUCUUCGUUUGGUAGCCAAGAAGAACCUUUUCAGGGUCAAUUUUCGUGUUUUCCGAACCAGUUCGAAGCUAAGAACGCCAUGGAGGAAUUGCAUGAGCUUUACAAGCCUUUCUUCCCCAAAUCUCAACCUCAGACAAAACAACAGCAAGAACAUCAACAAGUAAAGCCUAAGCUGUCUCAAGUUGGCUCUGUUACAACAACUAGUAGCAGCACAUCUACGAACAAUUCUCGAUCUAAAAGAAGAAAGAAUCAGCUGAAAAGGGUUUGCCAUGUGCCGCCGGAAGGUCUCUCUUCAGAUGUGUGGGCAUGGAGAAAAUAUGGUCAAAAACCCAUCAAGGGAUCUCCUUAUCCAAGGGGAUAUUACAGAUGUAGUAGCUCAAAGGGGUGUUUGGCCAGGAAACAAGUGGAACGACACAGAUCCGACCCGAAUAUGUUCAUAGUUACGUACACAGCCGAGCACAACCACCCUGCUCCAACGCAUCGGAAUUCACUCGCUGGCAGCACUCGCCAGAAGCCUUUCACUCCACAAACGGUCAUCGCCGGUGACUCAGUCAAACCUUCCUCAUCUAAACCCGCCGACAGCUUGUCUCCGACGGCCUCCGUGGAUGAAGGGGUUGUGGUUCAAAGUACAAAGGUGGACAGCCGAGAGGAUUUGGUUGAAGAUGAAGGGGAAGAUGAGUUUGGGAUGUCGGACACGGCGGUGAGUGAUGAUUUCUUCGAGGGUUUAGAAGGACUCGCUGAAAUUGUCACCAGAAAUUGCUUUCCCGAUAACUUUCCGGCAAGUUUUGACUUUCCUUGGACUGCAAAUAAUGCAGCUACUGCCGCCGGUGGCAUCUAAAACUCGCCCGGAUGUAUAUUUUUAAUUUCUUGUAUAUGUCAUAUACCUUUUUGGUUGAAUCUAAGCCAACAAUAUGCUUCCUAUAGGAUUCCAUUUAUUCUUUGUAGAGAAAAAAAUGGUAUAGUUUCUUGUUUUAAUCUUCAAGUGAAGCUUAGUUUAGUUAUUGGUUUUAGACAACCUUUUAUUUUCCUAGAAUUAAUGGGUUUUUUUUUCUUGGACAAAAAUAAAUCUGAAACCCAUUCGAGUUAGACUCAAAUCAAAUAAUUAUUCUCUGUUAUUCUCGAGAAUUUAAAUGGUACAUGGCAGAAUGCAAAAUUUAAAGCUUCAAGGACAACACGCAGUAAACAUAAUCCUAAUCUUUUGCAGCCAUUCUAUUCACUAAGGGGAGAAACCUUGUAUCCUUGUAUGACGCUUGUUAAUUUUCCAGAUUCACCAACAGUAGAAAGCCACCCCGUGAGAAUCUCCAUGGUUAUAUAAUCAGGCUUGCAAGCAUGCUCAAUCAUGGCGUCCAUCAAUCUAAAGCCAUCUUCCAACAAAUUGUUCUCUUUAAGGCCUUUAAACAUUGCAUUAUAUGUGUCGGAAUAAGGCUUCACCGCUUUUGCUUUCAUGUCAUCCACCAGAAAGAGUGCACCAUUGAUGUCAUUGUUGUUGCAGAGAGAUUCUAUACGAAUGUUGUAUGUUAUGGUGUUUGGAGGAAUCUUUGAUGUGGAACUCAUGUCAUUGAAGAGCUUCAUUGCUUCCUUAAUAUUUUCAUUUGAGCAGUAUGCGUGAAUUAGAUCUCCGUAUGUGGCGAUAGUAGGGACAUGACCUUCGUUAAUCAUCCAUUCCAUUGCUUCGCGAGCAAGUCCGAAAUUCCCAUUUUGACAAAAAUAAGCAAUCAAACUGUUAUAUGAGACACUAUUAGGCUUCACUCCUGCUUCUUCCAUUUCCUUGAUGAUGUCAUACGCUUUAUCAACCAUGUUUUUCUUGCAGAACCCUCUAACAAGCGAAUUGUAGAAUACAAUGUCAGGGCGGAACCCAACUUUUUUCAGCUUCGACAAAACAUUGCUGGCAGCAUCCAUCCUUCCAGCUUUGCACAAACCAGAUAUCAAUCUGUGGUAAACGCUAGCAUCCGGAGAGCAUCCACUUGCCAGCAUUUGAUCAAACAGAUCAACCGCUUUAACGAUAUGGUCGAUGUCACAGUAAGCUGUAAUUAGGGUAGUAUAAGUAACUGCAUUGCCUUUCAACCUGUUUCCCUGCAUACCAGAGAAGAAAUUGAGUGCACCAUUGAUCCUCCCAUGUCUGCACAUACCAUCCACUAAUAUAUUAAGAGUGAUCACAUUAGGUGAAACCCCCACUUCAUUCAUUUGAUCAAACAACUCCUUCCCUUUCUCAAUGUCAACACAAUUACAAAAUCCAUCAAUCAAGCAAUUAUAAGUAAAUACAUUAGGUGCCAAUCCCUUCAUGGACCUCAUCCGAUCCAUCAAACGCAACCCUUCUUCUUGCCUCCCUACUUUACAAAGUCCAUCAAUCACGGUAUUAUAAAUGAUAACAUCAGCUUCGAUUGAAACACCGUCACUCCCUUUUCAUUUGCCGAGCUUGUUGUUUAACACUUCCAUUGCUUCAUCGACCCUCCGUAACUUACAUAGCUGAUUGAUAAGAAUCACAAAAGUUACAGCACUGGGCCGAAUAUCAUUCUCCUUCAUGUCAGCUACAAGUGUAUGCAUUCUUUUAACAUCUCCAUUCCUCCCUUAGCCGGUCAAAAGUACAUCAAAAGGAUGAGAUUCGAGAGGCGCUCGCAGUGUCAGUAGUUCAUGCAAAACAUUCCAAGCUUGAUUGGUUUUGCCACUCCUACAUAACCUAGAAACCAAAUGGGGUAAGCCAAAUUAUCUUUGGGAAAAACACCAUGUUUCCCCAAUUUAAAAACCAAAUUAAUGGUAUAUUCCUAGCUUAAAUUUCUCUCCCCUUUCCUGUCUCCCUUCAAUAACUCGCUAAAAAUAAUAUAACCAGUGAUCUCAUCAGGUGGAACCUCAGACAAUGGUUAAAGCAUUUCUUCGAGCACAUUGAGCGCGUACUCAACACGUCCGUUUCUUAACAGACCAUCCAUAAAAACAUUGCGAACGUGCGUGUUUUUAACAGAAGGGUCGAGUUCUUUAAAAGGAAUAACAGAUUCAUCUACCAUUUUGUGUCUCCCAAAACCCCGGAUAAGAAUCGCGGCGGCAUUAACAGUCAGAGGGAUUCCCCAUUCUUUCGAAGCUUGAUACAGUUCGGAUGACCUCGACCCACCAUCGAGUUCUCGAUUCACUUGCUCGACGGGCGCUUGGAACGGAUGAGAGAGGAAAUGGGUGUGUUGAGAUGGGGUGUUUUGUUGAAGGUGUUUGAAGAAAUUAAGGGCCAGACUAGAGGAACCGAGGCCACAAGUAAUUUUGUAGAGAAAACGAGGAGAUGGAGAAGGAGAAGAGGAGAGGAGAGAUUGCAGGGGUUAAUUAGAGGACCAUUGUUGGUGUGGGUUUUCGCGGAGGAGCUGAACUGCUUCGUUGAUUCUUGAUUCAUCGUCAUGCGGUGGUGGUUGGGGUCAGCUUUGGUGCAGAGGUGACGGUUGAGGAGGUAAGAUGCCGAUAAGGGUUUAAGGAGGAGUAGUUUUGAAUGCUUUUGAAAGUUGAAACUAGAAUUGUAAUGUUCAUUUUUCCUUCUUUGUUUACGUUCAAAACUUCGAAUAUUUCACUGAAACUUAGACUUUUUAUAUAUAUUUGAAUAAUAUUUUCGAAGA